AUGGCCACUCUUCCAAUUAAGACCGUCGGCGUCAUCGGAACUGGUGUUAUUGGCGCCAGUUGGACCGCCCUGUUCCUGGCCAAGGGCCUUCAGGUAAUUGUAUCGGACCCAGCUCCGAGAGCGGAAGAAAGGCUUCGCAGCUAUCUGGAGAAAGAAUGGCCAACGAUGUCCAAAGUCGGGCUCAGCCCUGGUGCAUCUUUGAAGAAUUAUGAAUUCGUCGAUGAUAUCAGUGAUCAUCUCGGGCGCCUUGAUUUCAUACAAGAGAAUGGACCUGAGAGGCUGGACUUUAAGCGCAGUCUAUUCGCUCACUUGGACGCAAAUACCCGCGAGCAUAUCAUUCUCGCAUCGUCUUCUUCUGGUCUUCCCUCCUCAGAAUUCAUAACCGAUUGCCAGAAAAAUCCAGCCCGUAUUCUGAUCGGUCAUCCAUUCAACCCACCUCACCUGGUCCCAUUGGUAGAGGUGGUUCCACACCCUAGAACUGGUGCUCAGUAUGUGACGGGUGCCAUGGGAUUUUAUCAGAGCAUGGGCAAGGACACAGUGCUCGUCAAACAGGAAGUUCCGGGCUUUAUCGCCAAUAGGCUCCAAGCUGCCGUUUGUGGUGAAGCAUAUAGUCUUAUUUCAAGGGGAAUUAUCUCGGCUCAAGACCUUGACAAAACUGUGACUUCAGGCAUUGGCCUCCGCUGGGCAUUUACUGGGCCUAUUAUGACAAACGUUCUAGGCGGGGGCGGCGACUUUAGGCAUCUCCUUGAACACCUAGGGCCAGCGUCGAGAGCUUGGACAGAAGACAUGCGCAACCAUGAAUUCGACUUUAAUUCUGAAAGUCUCGAUGCACUGAAUGGGAGCGUGCAGGAAUGGGUGUCGAAAGUUGACGUGGAGACUGAGGAGAGAAAACGAGACAACUCCAUGCUAGCCUUGAUUAAAGACAAGUCUAAUGAUUCCGUAUAA